GUGUCUCUCCUUCCUCCUCUCUCCCGGCGCAGGGAGGCUGAGCCCUCCAGCCUGCACCCUGCGCAAGCACAAGACGAACAGGAAGCCCCGGACACCCUUCACCACGGCGCAGCUGUUGGCCCUCGAGAGGAAGUUUCGGCAGAAGCAGUACCUGUCCAUCGCCGAGCGCGCAGAGUUCUCCAGCUCGCUCAGCCUCACCGAGACACAGGUGAAGAUCUGGUUCCAGAACCGCCGCGCCCAGGCCAAGAGGCUCCAGGAGGCCGAGCCGGAAAAGCUGAAGAUGGCAGCAAAGCCUAUGCUCCCACCCGCUGCUUUCGGCAUCUCCUUCCCGCUGGGAGGCCCAGCCGUGGCCGGUGCCUCUCUGUACGGUGCCUCCAGCCCUUUCCAGCGGGCAGGGCUGCCCGUGGCUCCCGUGGGACUGUACACGGCGCACGUGGGAUACAGCAUGUACCACCUCACAUAGAGCCUGAGCCCUGCC